AUGUCGUUCGCGUCGUUUGCGCCGCUGCCCGCGCCGUCGUCGGGCGCAUCGUCCAUCUGGGCACGCCGCAUGAUCACCAAGUCGGUCCCCACGAGCGAGGCCGAGGUGGAGCUCAACGUGCUCUCGCUGCUGCUCGAUGUGCCGCUUGCGGCGCUCGACGAGCACGACCCCACCUCGCCCGUGGCGCUGCCCUCGCCCAACUCUGCCUGGGCUCCCAGCCCUGUCGCUGAUAUGGGCUUUGCGGACGUCUCGCCGCUGCCGCUCGAGAUGCACGCGGCACAGACGGCGGUCAAGGCGGCACUCGACGUUCUCGAAGAGCCGAGCCUCAGCCGCGGGCUGCGCAUCUCGACAGACAUCCCCACGGCAGCUGGAGGACGCGGGUGCUUGACGGCGCCUCUGUCGCCUGCGCUGUCGUCGCCCGUUUCGCCGGCAGAGUCGUGCUUCAGCACCGCCGACGACGGGCUCAAGAAGAAGGGCCGCGCGCGCAUGUCGCAGGAGAAGCGCAAGCGGCUCGCACGCCGACGCGAGCGCGAGGCCCUCGUAGCCACACUCACGCCUUCGGAGCUCCACUUCCUCCCGCACUCGAGCCACAGCGCACCCGUCACGCCCGUCCACUCGUCGUUCGCACCGCACGCCUUUGGCGGCUUCCCCUUUGGCGCCGCCUACGACUCGGCGCCGCGCGACGCGUUCGCGUACGACAUGCCGUCGCCCGCACUCACCACCGCCUCGCUCGCUGCUUCCAGUGCAGCCUGCUCGACACCGGGCAGCUCGCCGACCGCUCUUGCGGCGGUGGGAGACGCCAACUCGAGCCCACCCACGCUCGUGGUCCAGCCGCCCUCUCCGCAGCGACACCGCCUCCACGGCCUCGGCCGCCCCAAACACGCCUGGACCGGAUUCGCCCCCACCCACCUCGCCUCCGUCUUUUGA